AUGCUGUCCGAAUUUGCCUUGACAUUGGGCCUGGUUGUCAGGAACAUUGGCACACAGCCUACGUACAGAAGGGUCAACGUGUCGUCAGUUAUUGACGUCACCUUCACGCGCGCUGCACCCAACAGCCGCCUAGCUAUCUCGGACUGGGAGGUCUUAGAUGAUGUCUACUCCGCUAGUGACCACAACUAUAUACACUACGUAUUUACGUUUCCUGUGGCUGAUGCAGCUCCGCCAGAAUCAGCGUCCACACGGCUACCGGGGUGGUCCAUCAAAAAGUUAAACCCUGACGCGGCCAACGUCCUCUGGAACCUGACUGGACCUCCACGCCCGUUGCUGGCCGACGCCUCCGCUGCAGAGCACGCCGAGAGGCUCAAUGACCUACUGACAGCUACGUGCGAAGCGGCUAUGCCGCGUAGAACAAUCAUCCAGAAGAGGCGGAGAGUCCACUGGUGGAACGACUCCAUCGCCGAACUGCGGAAGGCUGCCAUAGCUGCCAGGAGGGUGUAUCAGCGUGCGGGCCGCAGAUCCGCACAGACGGACAGAUCGCCGGAGCUUGCAACAUACAGCAGGGUGAGGGCUGAGCUCAAGCUGGCGAUACGGAAGGCCCAGGAGAACAGCUGGUCAGAGCUGUGUCGGGCAGUUGAUAGCGACCCAUGGGGCGUCCCGUAUAGGCUGGUGACUAAAAGGCUUGGACGUCGUACUCCAACCCUGGACCGGGAACUGACCGUCGCCGUGGCCCGCGGACUGUUUCCGUCACCCUCUCCACCGGUUUGGGAAGACAUCCCACUGGAGAUAGAGGUACCGGCACUCCUAGUCGACCUAUCAGAUGCGGCCACUACGACGCCUCUAAUCACUGCUGACGAAGUGGGUCGCGCCGUCGCCAGACUUCCAUCGGGAAAGGCGCUGGGACCCGACCUCGUUCCGAACGAGAUCAUCCGGUUAACGUAUAGCAGAUUUCCAGAGAUAUUCUUGGAAUGCUACAACGCGUGUCUCGCAAAGGGAGAUUUCCCGUCGCGAUGGAAACGUGCGAAGUUGGUCCUGCUGCACAAGGGGCAGGGCAAACCGCCGGACCUUCCGUCCAGUUACCGGCCGAUUAGUCUGCUAGACGGGGCUGGCCUGGUCUUUGAGAGGAUUUUGCUCAACAGGCUUGAGGAGCACAUCGUAGGUACCGGAGCAAUCAGCGAUUCGCAGUAUGGUUUCAGACGGUCAAUGUCAACCACUGACGCAGUUGAAGAUGUCCUGAGAGUGGUCGAGAGAGCCAAUCGCGGCCCAGCGAAGGACAGGCACCUAUGCGUACUCAUCUCGUUGGACGUUAAGAACGCUUUCAACUCGGCGCCGUGGAACCUGAUCGACGAAGCUCUUCGGAGAUCCGCUGCACCGGAGUACCUGAUAAGAGCUCUUAGAUCGUACAUGCACGCCAGGAACCUGGCAGUGGACGAGGACCUGUGCAUGCCCGUCUCAUGUGGUGUCCCGCAGGGUUCAGUCCUGGGACCGUUCCUAUGGAACAUUUUUUACGAUGGCGUUCUCCGACUCCCGGUGCGAGAUGGCAUAAGAAUAAUUGCGUUUGCAGACGAUGUAGCAGUGGUGGCAGUCGCGCACAACGCGGAGCUCAUCGAACAGCUACUUAACCCCACCCUCGAAGACAUUGUCGGUUGGAUGUCCUCCAAUGGCCUCCGUCUGGCACCAGAGAAGUCAGAGUGCGUAGUGCUGACGAAGAAACGCUCAUUUCGAGAGCCAAGCCUGCACAUACAAGGUUGUCAAGUCCCGGUCAAGCGCUCGGUAAGAUACCUCGGUAUUCGGCUGGACACCCGACUCUCGUUCGUCGAACACGCCAGCACGGUUGCAGCUGGGGCGAAGAAGGCAGCGGUUGCCCUGGCGAGGCUUAUGCCAAACGUAGGCGGCCCAUCACAAGGCAAGCGGAGCCUCCUAAUGAGUGUAGUACACAGCCGGUUGCUCUACGGAGCAGUUAUCUGGUCCGAGCGGGUUCUGGAGACCCAAAAGAGCAGCAACCUCCUCUUGCAAGCGCAGAGGGUCGCUGCGCUGAGGGUCGCGAGAUGCUAUCGCACGGUGUCAGAUAUGGCCGCCCUCGUGCUGGCCAGAAUGCCCCCAGUCACUCUUCAGGCCGUCAGCAGGAGGAGAACAGUUAUGGCGAAGAGAACUGGUGCCACACCAACGAAGUGCGAAACAACUGUGGAGAUUGUCCGACAAUGGCAAGGUCUCUGGGAGGCGACAACAAAGUCCGAAUGGACGAAACGGCUAAUCCCUGACUUGUCCAGGUGGUGGUACCACGGCCCGAAGACGGUGAGUUUCCACAUGGCCCAAUCCCUAACGGGCCAUGGAUGCUUCCAGAAGUACCUCUGGCAGAAGAAGCGGCAGAAUAGUCCGGAGUGCGUCCACUGCCCAGUCGCGAAUGAUGACGCAGAGCACACGCUAUUCUACUGCCCGGAAUGGGAUGCAGCAAGGGCGGAGCUAACAACAGCUCUGCGGAAGCCUGUACGCCCGGAGGACGUUACCUAUCUCCUUUGCGGAUUACACCCAGAUGACCUGCCCGACGACCCAGCACAGAGGAAGAGGUUGUGUGCUGCCGCUACCACCCACAGGCAGCUGUUCUGCAACAUGGUGGAACUGAUCAUGGGUCAGAAGGAGGAGAUGGAAAGGGCAAGGCAACAUCAGCAGCGCCAGGAUCCAAAUCCCCAACAAUGA